AUGAGGUAUUCCAAGUUGAUGAGCAUCAAGAAGAAGAAGAAGGACAAGAAAAAUAAAAAGCUAACUUUGUCGAUGUUCCUUCCUGAGGAACUCAUCGCUCAAAUCCUAUCACUCCUUGACGUGAAAACCAUUCUCCGACUCAUAUGUCUGAGCAAGUCAUGGAACACUCUCAUCUCUGAUCCGACCUUCGUCCAAAAACAACUUAAAAGGCCCCCACGCCUCAUACUCAAACCACCAUGUUGGGUAUACCCUAUGCGGACUAUCCAAUCCCUCCCCAUCACUCGUUUACUCAAGAAUCCGUCCAUCACUGUUUCUGGUGACUUUUGCUACGACGGUGGUGGUUUGAAUGACAACUGCAAGGUUGUUAUUUCCUGCAACGGAUUGUUAUGCUUUAUUUUCUGUUCUGAUAAUAAGGAGUAUCAUAAUUAUUGGUUUCGUAUAUGGAACCCUGCUACAGGAACAAGAUCGAAAGCAUUAGGGACAAAUCAUGACUAUAACCUUCAGCUACGCAGUUUGAGGUUCAAUUUUGGUUCUGAAGCAUUUGGGAGUUGUUAUUAUGACUACCGUAGGCGAUAUCUAUUAGGUUGUUUGAAGUUCACUUUUGGUUGUGGCAUUUUAAGUGGAACUUACAAGACCGUGGAGUUUCGUGCCAAAGGAGAUGAAGAAAACAAAUAUGGUCCAUGGAGAAGUCAGUUAGCUAUUCAGAACUAUUUUUAUCCUUUUUAUGGUUAUGGGGCUAUUACUCAUGUUGAUCAGUUCAAGAUUGUCUCCCUUGAUCUUUCAACUGAGGCAUACAUGCAAUUUUCACUGCCUUCUGGUUUUGAUGAGGUCCCAUGCUUUUAG